UCCGAGGCAGGACUGCGAGGCCAACCUUUGAAAACAAUGUUUGACGACUAGGCGCUUGGUUUUUGCAUCGUGGUGACGAUGGCUGGAAAUCACAACUGCUCGAUUGAGUUAGACAGAAUAGACGAAGAGGACGGUUAUGACGCUCUAUCGGUCGACGUUUCUACGGACGAUGAGAUGAGAGGGCGACGUCGAGCUCGUAAAGACAGCACUGCGAGCAGCUUCUAUCCCAGUAAACUGAAAACGGAAUUCGAUCACGAGGACACGGAAGAUCUAUACAAGAGAUAUUUUUUCAAGCAGAGCAGAGCGUCUCUGCUUGCUCUUCUGCUCGUUCUGACAAUUACAGGCGCCGUCUUUUUCAUUGUCGUGUUUGCUCAAGGAAGGGAUUUUUCUAUAUCUGCAAAUCGAAACACUGCGAUUGUUUUUGGGAUUGCUACAGCUUUAUUUUGUGCUAAUUUUAUUGCUUCUGUGUGGUGGCCUUCGGAAACUGUUUUGAAAUGGAACUCAAUCUUAACAUGGCUGAUUCUCAAUACUACUUUGUUUGGUCUCUAUGCUGGCCAAGAGUCAAUGAAUGCCGUGAAUUCAGCAGGAAUGACACUAUUUGUCAUAUUUGUAACAUAUGCUAUGGUUCCAUUGUCUCCUCGUGCGGCCUUACUGUGUGGGGUUAUAACAAUGCUGUGUCAUCUCAUUGUUACCGGAACAACAGUGAAUUCGAUUAAAGUAUUUCUGGGUCGUCAGAUUGGUGCCAACUUUUUCCUGUUUUUGUGUGCUAACAUUAUUGGAGUGUAUCACCAUCGUUUCUCUGAUUUGGUUCAUCGCCGAACAUUCAGUGAGACAAGAAGAUGCAUUGAGUCAAGAAUAAAACUAGAGGAAAAGCAAAAAGAGAAGGAGCGAUUGUUAAAGUCUGUUUUGCCUGAGCACGUGGCUGCUGAAAUUCGUGAUGAUAUUGUUCAGAGAAAGGCAGACGAAACAGCUCACUUCCAUCGUUUUUAUGUUAGAAGACAUGAAAAUGUAAGCAUCGUGUUUGCUGAUAUUGUGGGUUUCACUCGUCUGUCCAGUGGCUGUACAGCAAAGGAAUUGGUGAAAAUGUUGAAUGAGCUUUUUGCUCGAUUUGAUACAUUGGCUGAGGAGAACAAUUGUCUGAGAAUCAAGAUUUUAGGAGAUUGCUACUAUUGUGUAUCUGGACUACCGGAUCCUCGAGAAGAUCAUGCCAAGUGUAGUGUGGAGAUGGGACUUGGCAUGGUGCAAGCAAUCAAGAAAGUGCAAGAGGCAACAGGAGUUGAUGUAAACAUGAGAGUGGGGGUUCACACUGGAGCAGUUCUGUGUGGUGUUAUUGGGCAAAGAAAGUGGCAAUUUGACGUCUGGUCUAAUGAUGUGACUCUUGCUAAUCACAUGGAGUCAGGAGGUUUAGCAGGAUAUGUUCACAUCUCAAAGUCGACAAGGCAGUGUUUGGGUGAUGAGUACAAGAUGAUUCCAGGAAAUGGAGGGGAGAGAGAUGCAUAUUUGAAGAAGCACAGAGUAGUCACCUAUCUAAUUGAUGCAUCGGAGCCUCAAGCUUUAUCUACCUCAUCAGGUUCUACACCAAGACAAACUGAGGGACUUCCUAGUCAUCAGUCCGCAAGUCAUGCGUCAACUAGAAUUCAUGCUAUUACUCGGCAUCACAAGAUUGUCCAACGUUUCUCUCAACUGUUUGACUUAUCUGCUAUGCCACCAUUUUCUAACGUUGUGUCUGGUCCGAAGCGCGAACUUGGGAAAGCAAGUCUGUUUAUGUUAUCAGUUGGGUAUUCGGGAACAAACUUGGUUGCACCAGAGAGUCCUGCUGCUAGGGAAGCACUGAAAAGACAAAGAGAGUCUGAAAUUCUGGACAGGGAGGUGACAAAGAGGAUGGCAAGCUCAUUGGAUAUUCAUAGUAUGGAUGUCCCUUGUGUGACUGGAGAGAAUCUGCAAGCUUGGGUGAAGUCUGGCCAUGCUUACCGGUUAUUUCUUAGAUUUAAAGACAGCAAAAUAGAGCAAAAGUAUUUGAAAAUGGGAGACAAAAUGUUCAAGUAUUACAUUGGAUGUGCACUUGUUAUUGCUGUCACUCUAUUUUCAGUGCAGGCAAUCAUGCUUCCUAGGACGUUUCUUUAUCUUGGUGCAUGUCUUAUUGAGCUGGCCUUUAUUGGCAGUUUGGCAUUUGUUGUCCUUGCUCACAAGACUCUGGGUCGGAGAAUGCCUAGACUUGAUCAAAUUGGUCAUCAUGUGGAAGCCAGCCCAACUUGUCAGCUGAUCUUAUCAAUCCUUGUUAUUGUCAGUUUACUGUUUGUUUCAUAUCUGAACAUGAUUAGUUGUGACACGAGUCAGUUGCACAGAAGUGAAAAUACCACAGCAUCUUGCAAAUGUUUCAUUGGAAAUGAAACACAGAGUAAUCGUAAUCUAGAUCCAGACAGCCGUGUGUGUGAGUUUCCACAGUACUUCAAUUGGUGUGGGAUGGCAGCCAUGCUAUCAUUGGCCGUGUUCCUUCGACUAAAUUCAUCUGUCAAGAUCGUUAUUUUAUUAGCUGCGACUACUGUGUUUACGGUGGUCACUUUUGGAGUCAACAAAUGUCUGUUUGACCUUCCAAAUUCAUACCUCCACACUAACAGCACGUGUCAUGAGUUCUACUCAAACACAUCGUCAAAUGUCUUGGUAAUUUUGCUGCUGGCAGUUGUAUUGUUGGUAUUGUCGAGACAGGUUGAGUAUACCUUGAGGCUGGACUUCUUGUGGAAAACUCAGUCUCUUGGUGAGAAAGAACAAAUGGAUACUCUUGAUGAAGUUAAUGUCAUGCUGCUGCGAAAUAUGCUACCGAAACACGUUGCUGACCAUUACACGCAUCUCAUGCAUAAGGGAGCCAUCAGUGACAAUGAACCAUAUGCUGAGCAUUAUGACAAUGUUGCUGUCAUGUUUGCAUCUAUACCCAACUUUGCGGAAUUCUACAGUGAAGAAAUUACCAACAACAAGGGAAUUGAGUGUCUUCGGCUUUUGAAUGAAAUCAUCGCUGACUUUGAUGAGGUUCUUCUCAGACCAAAGUUUAGUUCUGUGGAAAAGAUUAAGACAAUUGGCAGUACGUACAUGGCAGCUUCAGGGUUAUCUCCUGGAAAUCAGGGUAGAGACGAUGCAUGGCAUUCUCUCUAUAUACUUGUGGACUUUGCUUUUCAGUUGCAAAGUAGACUUGAACAAAUUAACAAACACUCAUUUCAAAACUUUUGUCUUCGAAUAGGCAUUAAUCAUGGUCCAGUUGUGGCUGGUGUGAUAGGAGCACGAAAGCCACAGUAUGACAUAUGGGGAAACACUGUAAAUGUAGCUAGUCGAAUGGAGAGUACAGGAACCAUGGGGAAAAUACAGGUUCCUCACGAUACUGCAGCCAUGCUUGCUCUCAAUGGAUUUGAAGUCGAAGAGCGGGGCUUGGUGAAAGUGAAGGGCAAGGGUGAACUGUUGACUUCUUAUGUAACGUGUGGCAGAGAGUUACAAGGAGGACGACGGAAGACCCAAGGUUCUAAUGUAUCAAUGAGAAUUACUCCAGGGCUGUAAACUUUAAGCUCUCUAAUCUAUAACUGUACAGUAUAUGAGAAGUCAAUAAUUAUUAUAACAUGAGUUUGUGAAAAUUGAGAUAGGACAGUUAUCAAAUGAAUUGCGUUAGUUAUGUCUUACAAUUGUUCUAUAAUUCUUGUAUUAUAUUUUAUUGCCAUACAA